AAGAACACUGGAGAGAGAAACGUGUUAGCUUUUGUCUCUUUCCUUCCCAAAGUAAUCACAGUAACAAAUCGACGGUGGCCGAACACCAAAACCAGAGCAAAACCCGAAGUCCUGCAAUUGCGGGAAGUGGAGGAUCCGACGAUGAAGUUUUGAUCAGAAUUGCUCCGGCACCAUUGAAUCCGUCGCCAAAAACGUCCACCGAUCGGGGAUCAGACCACAUAAUCCCACACACUUCACCCAAUUCCUCACUGAUUUUGCACGUGGUUCAAGAGAUUUAGGGUUUGGAAUUGCAGUCCGGAGUAAAACAUCAAUUCACAAGAUAUAUUUUUUUUCUUUCACGACGUGUUUGACGGAAUCAUAAACUUUGACCUUGACGACAUGUCGAUGGCGAAGCCUCUUAGCAAGCUUAUGUCAUGCGUCAUCCUCGAUUUGGACGGAACACUUAUUAAUUCAGAUGGCAUUGUGUGCGAUGUUCUAAGAGUUCACUUGGUUAAGUUCGGAAAAAAAUGGGACGGAAAAAGAGCUCGCAGAAUCGUCGGAAAGACACCCUAUGAAGCAGCAGCAGCUAUUGUCGAAGAUUAUGAACUCCCAGUCACCGCAGAUGAAUUCCUAUCGGAACUUACCCCGAUAUUCUCCAAAAAAUGGGGUAGUAUCAAAGCUCAACCUGGCGCUAACCGGUUAAUCAACCAUUUACGGAGUCACGGUGUGCCAAUUGCCUUAGCUUCAAAUUCAUCCAAGGAAAAUGUCGAGACCAAGAUAUCUUUUCAUCGAGGUUGGAAAGAAUCGUUUUCCGUUAUUCUAGGCGGCGAUGAAGUGACCAACGGAAAGCCAUCUCCCGAAAUAUAUCUCGAAGCUGCAAAGAGGCUUAAGAUGGAUACUUCCACCUGCCUCGUCAUUGAAGAUUCUUUGCCAGGUGUCACUGCUGGUAAGGCAGCUGGAAUGGAAGUGGUUGCGGUUCCAUCUCUUCCCAAACAAACCGACGUUUUCACCUCAGCAGACGAGGUUAUCAACUCCUUAUUAGACCUGAAACUAGAAAAGUGGGGCCUACCUGCAUUCGAAGACUGGGUAGAAGGGACAUUACCAAUAGAACCUUGGUCGAUUGGCGGUCCAGUCAUCAAAGGAUUUGGCCGUGGCUCGAAAGUGCUCGGAAUCCCUACAGCUAAUUUGUCCACGGAGGCAUAUUCAGAUGUGCUGUCGGAACAUCCUUCGGGAGUUUAUUUUGGGUGGGCUGGAUUAGCAGGUCGAGGUAUUUAUAAAAUGGUUAUGAGCGUGGGUUGGAAUCCUUACUUCAACAACUCCGAGAAGACAAUUGAGCCGUGGUUGCUUCAUGAUUUUGACGAGGAUUUUUAUGGGGAGGAUUUGCGUCUUGUCAUUGUUGGCUAUAUUCGACCGGAGGCGAACUUCCCUUCGCUCGAAAGCUUAGUAGCGAAGAUACACGAGGACAAGAAAAUUGCGGAGGAAGCCCUUGAACUUCCACUUUAUUUGAAGUACAGAGAUGAUUCAUAUUUGAAUACUUCUUCGAAGCAGAAUUGCUAGUUGUUUAGUCUGUUAAUUUCGAAUAAUUCGUGAGAGCCUGCAUACGUGGCUCGAUUCAUUCAAAAUAUUUAUUUUUUAUUUCUAUGU